AUGAUAGUUGCUCAAAAAGUCAUUAGAAAGACAAGCUGGUGUCCUGCAUCUGAAAAGUUUAAAAACAGUACAGUGCCUAUUAUAGACAUGCGCGCUCUGAGGUUCGAUCCAACCAAAAUCCAGAAAACAGAAAUGAUGGCUGAUGAAAAUGAAACACCUCCACAACUGAAAGUGGCAACAGCUUUUUUGAGAAACCAAACACAGACAGGUAAUAAGCUGCAUAAGACUUCAACGGUGGAAGUAUCACAGAAUAAGCACAUUGUAAAUGAAAGAAGUGUGGUGCAAGAAGACAAGUCUGACACAGUGAAGAAAGCUGGUAAAAUUGAUGUUAGAAAGAAGCCAGCAACACAGCCUGCUGCGGAGAGGUUAAACCAUGUCAACAAGAAGCCAGUAACACAGCCUGCUGCGGAGAGGUUAAACAAUGUCAACAAGAAGCCAGUAACAUUGCCUGCUGCGGAGAGGUUAAGCAAUGUCAACAAGAAGCCAGUAACAUUGCCUGCUGCAGAGAGGUUAAACAAUGUCAACAAGAAGCCAGCAACACUGCUUGCUGCAGAGAGGUUAAACAAUGUCAACAAGAAGCCAGUAACACUGCCUGCUGCGGAGAGGUUAAACAAUGUCAACAAGAAGCCAGUAACACUGCCUGCUGCCGAGAGGUUAAACAAUGUCAACAAGAAGCCAGUAACAUUGCCUGCUGCGGAGAGGCUAAACAAGAAGCCAGUAACACUGCCUGCUACGGAGAGGCUAAACAAGAAGCCAGUAACACUGUCUGCUGCGGAGAGGCUAAAUAAUGUACAGAUGAAACCUGUGAGAGGGAGUGUUGUAAAGUCUGUUGGCAGUAAGACUAAGAUCCACAUGACCUCGUCGCUGGUUGGAUUGUUUAAAAAGAAAAAACUGGACACUGUUUAUCAUGAGGAGUCAACGCCUUUUUCACUUCAGCAGUUUUUUGACCAGCAGCUGGUGACUGGGAAGAAUGAAGACAAUAAGAGGUUUAAUAGCAAUAAAGGUUCAGAGAGAGUAGAUGCUAGAGACGUCGGAGCUCAGCCUUUGGAAACAUUAGCAGAUGUGAGACCAGCAUUGCUGAAGACAUACACGCAGGAGCUUAAAGAAACCAUCAAGAGUGAGAGGAAACAUGGAGAAUUUAAACAGGGCAAGUUUUUAGCCAAGACUGGCAGACAUCAGAAUAAGAGAUGA